AUGGAUGUCACCGACGUGACGCCGCAAUUGGAUCAGCUCGAAGAGCAGCUGAAGGCGGCAGAAGAAGCCUUAGCACCACUUCUUGGCGAUAUCGAUGACAUUUCAUCGAAACUCCCACUCCUUGACAAAGCCAAAUUGAACGUUCUAGUUGCCUAUACCCUGGAGUCACUUCUCUUCUCGGCACUGCGUCUCAGCGGAGUCGACGCAAAGAACCAUCCAGUUUUCACCGAGCUAUCUCGUGUAAAACAGUAUAUGGAUAAGAUUGAGAAACUUGAAAACCCACCUGCAGAGCGUGAGAACUCACUCAACACCGAGGCAGCUGCCCGGUUUCUCAAAUCGGACCUUGGUGACAACAAAGACAUAAAAGCCAAGUUGACGGAGCUGAUUGCGAAAGAACGAGAGAAGGCAGAAGCUAAGGCGGCCGAGAAAAAGCGUAUUGCGGCGCAAUUAGCGCCAGAAGCCAGCACCGCCGGACCACCUUUCGACACAACCAACUUCAGUCACCCCUCACAAAAUCAUACAAUGCCUCGCCAGUCCAGGUCCUCCGGUCGCUCGGCGCCGAGCCGGCCUACCCUCCCCGCUCGCGCGGCUCCUACCCCGAUGAAGCAGCAGCAAACCCGUCCCGCGACAACCUAUGCCGCCCCUCCCUCGGGAGCCCCUUCGGCUGCUCCACCAGCUGCCACCGCUUCCCAGGGCCCCGGCCUCAUGGGCCAGAUGGCCAGCACCGCUGCUGGUGUCGCGAUCGGUUCUUCCAUCGGCCACAUGGUCGGCAACUCCCUCGGCGGGAUCUUCGGUGGCGGCAGCACCGCUGCUGAGCCGACCCAAGCGACCCAGGCGCAAUCCGCACCUCUCCAGCAGCAGACCAACGACAACUGCUCCGGCGCGACCGAACAGUUCAUGCGUUGCAUGGAUGAGCAAAGUGGCAACAUGCAGAUCUGCGGAUGGUACCUCGAGCAGAUGAAAGCUUGCCAGGCCGCGGCGCGCCAGUACUGA